CUCAACAGUGAUUGGACGUCUUGGUCGUUGUGCAAGUGCUGGGUAGACAGUCCGGAAGUGAGGCAUGUGAAGGUUGAGUUAUCACCGGAGAGGAAAACAUGGGUGUCAAAAUCGAGAUAUUCAGAAUGAUGCUGUAUCUGUCUUUCCCCGUCACCAUGUUCUGGAUCUCUAAUCAGGCUGAGUAUUUUGAGGAAUACAUCGUGAAGAGGAAGAGGGAGAUCUUCCCCCCUGAUGAGCGGAUGCAUAGGAAAGAGUUGGAGGACUUCAAGGAGCGGAUGCGAGCGCGUAAAGAGCAGCGGCUGUUAAAGGAGAUGGAUGUGGAGUCUGAGAACUGAGGACUCGGCUGCAGGACGGCUUCAGUCUCCACAACAAUGCAGCUGGAAGAGCAUCUUGUAAAAAACGUUGUUUCUUCCUGAAAGAGGAAAGUGGUUUCAUUGGCAUUGGAGCAUGACACCUCGGAAAUCACUGAGUUGAUUAUACACCCCAAGGGUGUGUUGGGUGUGUUUCCGGGGAUUAUUGAUGCCUGAUGAUGCCUGUUUUCUGUCUGAUCACACUGUCCCACAAGACCAGGACUGAAACCAAGCACUAUCAAAUGCCAUGAUCACUCUGUAUGUUUUGCUUUGGUGGCAGUGUCAGCAAAUAAUUACUUGAUGGUCUUUCACUAAAUACCUUACUGGAUCAGAUAUAAUAAUGUAAUUAUUUAUUUUACAUGAUGUAUGAUAUGUGCAUUUGUAUGUUUAACACACCAGUUUCUAGUGUUUUCUUUCAUUAAAAUUUAUUUGCUUUGUCUCAUGUAA